AUGGCUCGCGUCACCUCUUCCCGCUCCGCCGCCGCCCGCGCUCCCCUCCCCACCAGAGCCGCGAAAGGCAAACCAGGAUACUCGCUGUCGGGCACACACUUCUCCCGCCACUUCCGCGACGACGGACGCUGGCACCGCUGCCCCAUCAACAACUGCAAGUUCGUCGCCAAGGACGAACUCGAGCUCACUGGCCGCGGCCACUACCGUGAUUUUCACGGUUUCAAGAUCGUCUCGCGUGGCCUGGGUGCCUACGCCAACCGCCCCCCGCGCCAACAAAAUGGGCCGAGAGUUCCUCAUGCAGCACGUUGUUUUGGUUUCGCCUGCGGAGGCGGAGAGACUCCGCAAGGAGUGGAAUAG